UUUCGCAAACGGCCGUCAACCGAUUCGCUCUGCCCCAUCCCCCAAAGCACAGUGCGUGCCCUGGGGGCUGCUCUCUCUCUCGCGCCGUGGCUCGCUCUCAUCGGACCCGGCAGUCGUGGUAGAGAUAUUGAAACCAAAGCGCGUGCAGCAGCUGCCGCCGAGUUGUUUUUUUAGUGAAAUUUCUAUUUUAAUUUAGUUUUUAGCGCAAAGUACAAGCAAAUAGAAAUCAAGUAUUAUGAGCUAACAUCUCAAUAUUUAACCAAACAAAUAGCAAAUUGAAUGUGACUGCAUCCCAGUUGCCGCAGCAGGCCAAGUAUUUAUUUCAUCUGACGACAGCAAAUCCCAAAGCGAAAAAAAACAACAAACAAAUAACAAAACAAAUUAUCGAUUUUUGCGCUCAAAGGGCUGUGCAAUAUAAUUAAAUACCAGCCAAAAGUGUGUUUCCUCCAUAAGCAAAUCGCACAAUUACCAAGCUCCACUGUACAACGAGAUGGCAGCCAAGCGAAAUGCGGUGACCACACAAGUCCCGGAGCCACCCCCGGAGGGUACAUCUCUGGCGCUGGACACGCGGCUCUCGCGGCACGUGGAGAGCGUAAUACCCAAGAAGCGCCAGGAGGCGCUCAAGUGGUACGGCUGGGGCUACAACGAUUCCCAGUUCUAUGGACAGCAGGGCAUCAUUUGCUUUAAGGGCGACAAAUACCCGCUAGCCGGCUGUGAAUUACCCAAUUUCACGAAGUGGGUGAGAAGUAAAUUCGAUCUGCGCGUGGAUCACACCAAUGCGUACCCACAGCUGCCGCCGACGUACCCGGCUCCAGUGGAGAAUGCGCCCUUCCUGAACGAGCUGCGCGGCUGCACCAAAGUGGAGCACUCCCAGGAGGGCGUCGACCGGCUGGUACGGUGCCACGGCCAGACGCUGAACGACAUCUACAGCCUGUGGCACAACAAGUUCCGGCGCAUACCGGAUCUGGUGGUGUGGCCGCGCUGCCACGACGAGGUGGUGCAGCUGGUGAGGCUGGCGCACAAGCACAAUGUGAUGCUGUUGCCCUUUGGGGGCGGGACGAGCGUUUCGGGUGCCAUCACCUGUCCGCAGGAGGAGCAGCGCAUGAUUUGUGUUCUGGACACGUCGCAGAUGAAUCGCCUGCUGUGGCUUAAUCGAGAGAAUCUCACCGUCUGCUUCGAGUCGGGCGUGGUGGGUCAGGAUCUGGAGCGAGUGCUGCGCGAACAGGGUCUCACCGUGGGCCACGAGCCGGACUCGUAUGAGUUCAGCACGCUCGGCGGCUGGGUGGCCACGCGCGCCUCCGGCAUGAAGAAGAACGUAUACGGUAACAUCGAGGAUCUGGUGGUGCGUGUGCGCAUGGUCACGCCGGCAGGCACGCUGGAGCGAGAGUGCAGCGCGCCGCGAGUCAGCUGUGGCCCGGACUUCAAUCACAUCAUACUCGGCUCCGAGGGCACGCUGGGCGUCAUCACUGAAGUCGUUCUCAAGGUGCGUCCGCUGCCGCCAGUGCAGCGUUAUGGUUCCUUGGUGUUCCCCGACUUCGAGCAGGGCGUGCUCUUUAUGCGCGAGGUGGCCCGACGACGCUGCCAGCCCGCCUCGGUCCGUCUCAUGGACAACGAGCAGUUCCUAUUCGGUCAGGCCCUCAAGCCCGAGAAGAGCUGGCUGGCCAGCUGCCUGGAUGCAGUCAAACAGCGCUAUGUGACCGUAUGGAAGGGCAUCGAUCUGGCGCACAUAUGCGCCGCCACGCUGCUCUUCGAGGGCGAACAGAAGGAUGUGCAGCGCCAGGAGGCGGUCAUCUAUGAAAUCGCCGCACGCUACAAGGGAUUUCCGGCAGGUGGCCAGAACGGCGAGCGCGGCUAUUUAUUCACCUUUGUCAUCGCAUACAUCAGGGACUUUGCACUGCAUCAAGGCAUUGUGGCUGAAUCGUUUGAGACGUCUGUACCCUGGGAUCGCUGCAGCUUGCUGUGUCGCUGUGUGAAGCGGCGCGUCGUUUCGGAAUGCGCCAGGCACAACAUUUCGCACUACACCAUCUCGGCGCGGGUGACGCAGACCUACGAUGCGGGGGCGUGCAUAUACUUUUACUUUGGUUUCCGCUAUUUGAACAUACCCAAUCCGGUGGAGGUAUUCGAGGCCAUUGAGCACAGUGCACGCGAGGAGAUCUUGGCCUGCGGUGGCUCCCUGUCGCAUCACCAUGGUGUGGGCAAAAUACGCAGCCAUUGGUAUCGCAAUGCGGUCACCGAGACGGGCACCUCGCUCUAUACCGCUGCCAAGCAGCAUCUGGAUCCUCGCAACAUCUUUGCGGCGGGGAAUCUGCUGCCACCGCAGGAACAGUUGCAGCUGGCAGAGAAGCUGGAGAAACCACCGCAGCUGCCAGCAGCAACAGCAGCUGCACUGAAAGCCAAACUCUAGAGCCACUUACUAUAUACCUAUAUAAUAUAUAUCUAUAGAAAUACUAGUCUAAAUCUAAAAUACCUUUAACUGAUUUCUAGCUGCUUGGAACCUUGGCAAUUUUAGUGGGGCUCAUUUUUGUAUGGGUGUUACAUUUUUGAUAAAUAAAUGGAAUAUUUGUAAAACCAAA